UCUGAAAUUCAUCUCUACCUUUCUCUGCUUUGUCCUGCUUCAUUCAUCAAAAACAUUUGGUGAUCAUUUCACUAAUCAAAGUGAUUUAGAAACUUAUAUAGUACAUCUUGAAUUUCAUGAUCGACUUUUCUCAAAUUCCAAAGAUGUAUUUCUCUGGCAUCAAUCAUUUUUGCCUACAAAUUCGAAUCACUCAUCGCGCAUUCUAUAUUCUUAUCGUCAUGUGUUCAAUGGUUUUGCUGCUAUGUUGUCAUCAGACGAAGUGAGAGAAAUGGAAAAGAAGCCAGGUUUUGUGUCAGCGCGUCCCCAACGAAUAUUUCAGAUGCACACCACACACACACCAAGUUUCCUUGGCUUGCACCAGAAUGUUGGUUUGUGGAAUGCAUCAAAUUCAGGUAAAGGUGUGAUUAUUGGUAUAUUAGAUUGUGGAAUUGAUCCUCAUCAUCCUUCAUUUAAUGAUAAUGGAAUGCCUAAUCCACCACUUAAAUGGAAAGGUAAAUGUGAGUUUAAUGUUACAAAUUGUAAUAAGAAGCUUAUUGGAGCAAGAAAUGUUGUGCAACCGGGUAUGUUACCUAUAGAUGAAAAUGGCCACGGGACACAGACUUCAAGCAUAGCUGCGGGGAACUUUGUGGAUGGUGCUAACUUUUAUGGUAAUGCUAAUGGCACGGCUGUUGGCAUUGCUCCCCGAGCCCAUGUGGCCAUGUACAAAGUCUGUGGGGUACUUUGGUGUGCAGAAUGGAUGAUUUUAGCUGGUUUUGAUGCUGCAAUUGAAGACUGUGUGGAUGUGAUUGUCAUUCCAAUGGGGUUAGGACACCCGCCUUUUUAUGAUGACUCUAUAGCUAUUAGCACGUAUAGCGCAAUGGCGAAGGGGAUUUUUGUAAGUGGCUCUGCAGGAAAUCAUGGACCGGGUAGUGGUACUGUGAUAAACGGGGCCCCGUGGAUUCUCACAGUUGGUGCUAGCACAACAGAUAGAAAGAUAAGUGCAGUAGCAGUUUUGGGUAACGGAGCUGAGUAUGAAGGCGAAUCGGCCUUUCAACCAACGAAUUUUUCACAAAAAUUGUUACCACUAGUGAAUGGUAAGGCUUGUGAAUCAUUGAAUACAAGCAUUGUCAAGGGUAAAAUAGUGUUGUGUGAUACAAGCGGUGACUUGUCUAGAAAUGUCAAAGGAGGAAGAGUGAAAAACGCCGGUGGUGCUGGCAUGAUUCUCAUGAACGAAAAGUAUCGUGGCUCUACAACAUUCUCAGAAUAUGAUGUCGUUCCCACGACACAGGUUAGUUACAAGGAUGGACAAGAGAUCAUAAACUAUGUGAAAUCAACAUCAACACCAAUUGGAACGAUAUCAUUCAAGGGAACGAGAAUUGGUGACAAGCACGCGCCAACAGUCGCUUACUUUUCUGCUAGGGGACCAUUUAUUCCGAGUCAGGGCAUACUAAAGCCAGACAUUAUUGGCCCUGCAGUGAAUAUCCUUGCAGCGUGGCCAACCCCUAUAGCAGGCCAGAUGUUUGACCUCUUUUAUGGAACGUCCCUGUCUUGUCCUCAUCUUGCAGGAGUUGCAGCAUUGUUAAAGAAUGCACAUCCAAAUUGGUCUCCAGCUGCAAUUAAAUCCGCAAUCAUGACCACAGCUGACAUAGUCGACCUUGGAAACGAUCCAAUUCAGGACGAGACACUUGAUCCUGCUGAUCUACUUACAAUCGGAUCAGGGCAUGUGAAUCCAUCAAGAGCAAAUAAUCCAGGACUCGUUUAUGACAUCCAGCCCGAAGAUUACAUCCCAUACUUAUGUGGCUUGAAUUAUACAGAUGAUCAAGUCAGUCUCAUUGUGAAUAAGAAGGUACAUUGUACAACAAGCAUACCUCAAUCAGAGUUGAACUAUCCAUCAUUUUCUAUUCCUACGGAAUCAAGUGCUCAAACUUAUACAAGGACUGUGACUAACGUCGGAGAAGCAAGUUCAGCUUACACAGUUGUAGUAUAUGGGGUCAAUGGCGUCGAGGUGACUGUUCAACCUAAAAUCUUGAAAUUUACAGCGUUGAAUCAGAAGGCGUCGUAUAAUGUAACAGUUAAGUCAUUAGAUCAUACAGGACAUUCCCAAGGAUACAUAGUUUGGUCUUCUGAUAGGCAUUCUGUUAGAAGUCCAAUAAAAGUGUUUCCCCAUAUCAGUGUGAUUUAGUUCAUUGGAUUUGUUAUA